AUGGCUUCCGAUGAACAGGUCAAGACACUGAUUGCGGAAGGAAUCAAGGUUGAGACGCAGCCGGGGGGCGCAAUCUACAAUUCCGUCGUGGAAGGGAUUGCAGAGCAGCUCAGCACCGCGCCCCUCCCAGGCGGGACCGUGUACGCAGCCCUCGAAGAGUCAGCCAAACCCGGAGGCGCCGUCCACGCGGCGUUCACCAACGAGUACAACAGGGCGGCUGACGAAGAAUACCCUUGGCGGGCCGUCUUGCGGAACCUCACGGUUGCGCAAUGGAAAGCGACGUGGGAGGCGCUCACGGUCGACCCUGACAGUGUCGAGGCAGCCGGGGAGGCCAUCGAGAAGUCCGGGAACCCCGCAGAUAGCCUGCGGGGGUUGAGCGCGGCACACCCAGAUAACAAGGAACUUGAGGCUCUACAGACCCGCGUCGCGAUGAAGCACGCGGUUCGUACGAAAUGGAAAGAUUUGCCCCUCCCGGAGCGGGGCGGGUCCAGCGAGAAGUUCAGGUGCCACCUCGGAGAGCGAGCCGAAGCCGGCAGGGACCAGAACGUCCGCGCCCUCAGCCGCUGCGUCUUGGUGCUUUACCAUCUCACGGAGAAGAGGUACACGUCUGUCCUUACCGGCGACCAGGCCAACGCUGCCAAAGCCGAGGCCCAGCGGACGACGGUCAUGCCGUGGGUCUAUUACGCCAUCAAGGCUUUCAAAAAGCGCCCGUUCAAACCGAGUGCGGCCCGGGCCUUCGACCACGAGAUCCUCCUGAAGGACUUCGGCCUCGACUUGGCGUUCGGGGAGGUUGCGCUCUCGAGCGCGGCUGCCCGCCAGAGCCGCGCGAACGACCUGAAGCGACUCGACGCCGACUCGCCGCAGUCCGCUUCGAAAGCGCGGCGCCUGGGUGACCCGUCGGGCACAGCCGCGCCCGCGGGUCGCAACCAGAGCGGAGCGGCGGGGUACGACCACCGCGCCAGCUCCGGGGCGAGGGCGAACCGCUGGUCCAACGUUCCGGCGGCGGGCCCUCCGGCGGACGCGCCCUUGGCAGCUCCGGGGACGCCGCCAGCCCCUGGUCGCAAGGAGUUGGUGCGACAGAUGAAAGCCAGCCUCGCCGCUGUCGCGCCGGGAAAGUCCGCGCAUUUUUUCCAGAAGUGGUUCGACGAUCGCUUCACAGAGAAAGGCUUGAAACAGGCCGCCCUCCAGGUCAGCCGAGAGGCGUGCAAGAACUGCCUCUACAGCGGCAGAGGCGCUUUGGAGCACACUUUUAAAGGGUGCCGCGACACUUUGAAGAACAAGUGCGCCCCCCCGUGCCCGCGGUGUGUAGCCGCGGGCAGGCUGACGGGGAACGAACCGCCUGGCGCGGACGCAAGCCAUCCUGCUAAGAGUGUCGCCGCCCAGCGCACAACGUGCGUCGGGCGCGCACCCGGCACUCUGGCCGGGCCUCCCAAGUCGGGGCCCGACCGGCUGGGCUCCCGGCAUCUGGUUGGCCUCGAAGUGGUGCUGAACAUCCCGGCGGUCGCAAACGCGACUGCCGACCAACGGGCGUUCCAAGCCAGAGCAUUUGCCACAGUGAAUUCCUGCAUCCGCGCGGCGUGGGAAGAGUCCACGCGCGCGCGCUGCGAUGCUGCGCUUCGCUCUGUGGCCAACCGCGCAGAGUCGGACGCAGCUGCUGCGGCAUUUUGCUGCUUCGGCGUGCGACGGCCCGCCGAGAUGCGUUUCAUGGCGGCGGAGGAACUUGCGAUCGAGACAACGCACGCCGUAGCAUUCAUCAGGGAGCAAAAGAAUGAUCCACUAGGGGACGGCUGGGAUGGGCCAGCGGUAGGACAGGCCGCCAUGCGCGCGGACGAGAGCGCGCGGGCGCCCGCGCCGGAGCCGGCGCCGCCGCGGCCGCCGCGGCCGGCCGCAGGUGCUGCUCCAUCGAGAAGUGCCAGGCCGAGCGCCGUCCGCGACAGCCUGCCCGACAUCGUGAGGACGCCGCCCGCGGCCCCGCGCCCGAGGCGCGGGGGCCGCGCCUCGGGCGCGGGGGCGCUGGGCGCCCGGGUGCAGGAGAUGACGCCAGAGGAGGUGAGGGACGAGGUUGAGAAGUUCCGGCGUACGCGACAGGACAGGAGCCUGGACCUCGAGGUCCACGACUACGCGACGCUGGCGUCCGUCUGCAAGAUGCGGGCGGACUGGUGGGGCGAGGGCGCCUCGUACUCCGACGUGUACAAGGAGUCCAUCGACACGGGCGAGGAGGCCACUUGGGACCCUGCGCCGCGCGCCUGCGUGCCGCUGCGCCUGCAGGCGCGCAUGGGCGCCGGUCCCGCCUGGCGGCUGGCGGUUGCCGCGGCAAGUCGCCGCCUCGCCUUCGACGCCAUCGACGCGCGGACGCUGCUGUGCUCAGGCAUGGGUCUGCUGGCGGCGUGCACGGAAUUGGAGCCGCUGCUGAAGUCGACGCCGCACUCGUACGUCCAAACCAGGCACUGCGAGGAGCUGUUCCUGGAUCACUUGGGCGCGGUCCAGGCGGCCGUCGCGGCCGCGGGCGACGCCGACAGCACCGCCGCGGUGGAGGAGGGCGGGCUACUGAAGGCGGCCCCUGCGCCGAGCUGGACGCCCCCGCGCUCCGCCCGCGAGCUCCUGGGGCCCGGCGUGCCCACGCCACCGCCGCGCGAGCGCCGCGCGGUGCCAGCGCUCGGCGCCCCGUCUGGGGACUCCGGGGACAACGGGGGGCCCCUGCCUCACGUCCUGCCGCUCGUCGCCGCCGCGGGGUGCAAGGUGGGAGCCAUGAUUUUUAACGCGGUGCACUCGACUGCCCCGCACGCGAUGCAAGCCCGCCUGAACGCAGACGGCAGAUUUCUGGAGAAUCUCGAUGCCGGAGAGUUGGGCGACGAGAUGUCCAAGUGCGAAGUCAGGUGUCCGGCGCAGAGAUAUGUGGGCGAGGAGGCCCCCUGCCUCGUUUGCAAGACCCAGUCCGGCUCGAGGCCGAGGCAGCAGCCCUCCCCGCGGUGCCCAGGGGAGCUGUUCCUGCCCCGGCCAGAGGCGCCCGCGCCGCCGCUCGGGGCCGAGAGCGAGCUCGCGGCCCGGCUGGCGCAGGAGAGCCUCUCCGCCGACGUCGGCGCCGCCGAGGCGCAGUACCUGCUCGGCGUGGCCAUCCGCGCGGAACCCCUCGGCGGCGAGCUGUCGUUGGACUGCUUGGGGGCCUCCCGGCUGCCAGCCAGGCACGACCUCCCGUUCUGGGACUCCAGCUUGGAGGCCGGCGGGGCCUCCGCCUCGAGCUGGCCCUGCGCCGCGCGGCACCCCGCGUCGCUGCGGGCGGCGCUCGCCGGGGGCGCCGAGGACCCGCCGCUCGCGAGCGGCGCGGCCGACGAGGGCGCCGGGAGCCCCGACGCGCUGGCGUGCUUCGGGCGGCACUGCCCGGCGCCGAGCCCGCGCGAGGCGGCGAUUGCGCUGGGGCCCAGGCUGCUGCGCAUCCGCCGGCUCGGGGGCCACCCCUCGUUGUGCUUGCGACCGCCCGCGGGAGACGCCUGGCGCUGCUGCAACGCCGCCUUCUGCGGCCGCCCCGCGGCCCCCGGCGGCAGGGUCCCCGGCGGCGGCCCGGAGGCCACGGCGGCCGGGGAGCUGAUCUGCGAGCGGUGCGGGUGCGCGCGCUACUGCUCGAAGGCGUGCAGGGCCACGCACCGGGUGGCGCACGCGUUCCGGCCGCCGGGGCCCGCGGGGGGCAGGAGGGCCGCGCGGCGCUCGGCGCGCUGCUGCAGGCGGUGCCCCAGAGGCGCCCGCGCGGCUGUGCGCCGGCAGGCAAUGAUCUACGCGGUGGCGGACAUCUUCAAGAGUUGUGGCUCGUGCAGCAGGCAGUGCAGCAGGACAUUCGGCGCCCUGUGCGACCCCCUGCGCAGGGUGCUCGACAGACCCCUCGGGAGCUACGCGUUCGCGACGGGGGCGGUGAAUCUGUUAUCGGGUCUGCUGUCGAUCCUCUCGCUCGUCGGCGACAUGAAUUGCUCUGGUGGCGAUUCCUCUGCCAAGCUGUACGCCAUGAUGAACGUGGGUGCCUGCAUAAUGCAUGUCGGCUUCGCGCUGUAUUUGCAGCAGAAGCUCGUGGCUGGACUCCAGCGGAAUGCCGCUCUCGGCCACCAGGGUAGCACCGCCAGGCAGCUCAUGAAGGAGGCGGGCGAUAUUGUGUUGUACGAUGUGGGUUUCUGCAUCUACGUGUUCUUGUUCAUCGCGGCAUUUGCGCUACAGUUCUGGGGCUUAUCGGUUCUCGGCAAUUGUAGGAAUCCGGGCAUGGUUUGGGGGGGAUCGGCGAAUCCUCGAGGUGCUCUUCUGCAAGAGCGCUGUUGCGUUCGGCCUCUGCUGGUACUGCGCCAUGUCGUGCGGCGGCUGCUGCGGCCUGCUCCCGAGCGGCACGUCGCAGCCGCUCGCGGGGGGCAAGCACCAGCGGCAGCACGAGCCCACGGGGCUCGCCAGGGGCCGCCGUCGCCUCGCCGGGCCCUCCUCCGAGAUGCGGACGCACGACCCGUCGGAGAGGCCUGCGGGCGGCCGGCAAGCUCCUCGGUGCCGAGAAGAAGCCCCAGGGCCAGCCGGGCGGCGCCAGCCCAGGCGCGGCGCGGGCCACGGAGACCGAGUGAGAAAGAAGAGCACGCGCGGCCGGCCGGCGGCUCUCCUCCCGUCCCCCCCCCCCCGCGGGGGCCUCGGUUUGUUUGCCCCCUACUACCCCACCGCUACGCCCUCCAGCGCCGAGGUGCGGGUGCCGCGUUGUGUCUCACGCCGGGCGUCUUCGCCCUCGCGGUUUCGGGGGGGCACCCUGGCCGCGGAGGUCCUCGCAGGUCUAUCGGGCUCUCGCGCUUCGGACCCGGUGCCCGACAGGGCAGCUAG